AGAGCGAGCGAUAGAGAGAGAGUACACAGCGUUCUAUUUCCUAUAGCCUAACAGCUGCUGGGCCGAGGCUUCUGUGUUGAGUGCAGAGAGACACUGAGUGAGCAAGCGGAGAGAGAAAGAGAGAGAGAGAGAGAGACAGAGAGAGAGAGAGAGAGAGAGAGAGAGAGAGAGAGAGAGAGAGAGAGAGAGAGAGAGAGAGAGAGAGAGAGAGGCUGUGUUAAGGAGAAUCCGUAGCCCUCUGGCUCACAAGGAUAAAGGAUUGCAGAAAGGAAGAGAGGGGAAAAAGCACUCCCUCUCUUUACCUACCAGAGGUUUUGUGUUUAUUUUCUUUGUCCUUCUCUAAAUUUGUUUUAUCCAUCCUUCUUUCACCUCGGGUCCGGAGGAAGGAGGAACAGCACAACCCGGAGACGCUCUACAGCACGUUCAGCCGUCUCUAGGUGGUGGAACUUGAUGCUGUCGUGUGGGUGUUGAGCUGAGAGGCCCUGGUUGAUGCAGUGAAGAGCUCUAUAAGAACAAACACAAGAAACGGUUGCAGCCAUGGGGAACCUCAUUAAGGUCCUUGGCAAGGAUUUAGAAAACUGUCCACAUUUUUUCCUGGACUUUGAAAGAGACUCAUGGGUAACCUCCUGAAAGUGCUGGCUUGCUCCGAACUAGAGCAUGGCCCAAUAGUUUUCCUUGACUUUGAACAUGCUCAGCCUACGGAGGCAGAGACGGCUGUAUGGAACCAGGUCAGUGCUGUGCUGGAGGAGGCCCACGGCAUCCUGGCUGAACUACAGUCGUACAACGGGGCGGGACAGGAGAUACGAGAGGCCAUCCCAGAACCCAGGUGAUCUGCAGUUACAGGAGAAGGCCUGGAACGCAGUCUGCCCCCUGGUGGCCAAGCUCAAACGCUUCUACGAGUUCUCCCUCCGACUGGAAAAUGCCUUGCGUAGCCUGUUGGAGGCGCUGACGAGCCCUCCCUACGCUCCCAUGCAGCAUCUAGAGAGAGAACAGGCCCUGGCCAAACAGUUCGCUGAGAUACUCCACUUCACCCUCAGCUUCGACGAACUAAAAAUGACAAACCCAGCCAUUCAGAAUGACUUCAGCUACUACAGGAGGACAAUCAGUAGAAACAGGCUGAACAACCAGCAGUUGGAGGCAGAGAACGAGGUGAACAAUGAGAUGGCCAAUCGGAUGUCUCUGUUCUACGCCGAGGCCACGCCCAUGCUGAAGACCCUGAGUAACGCCACCACCAAGUUUGUGUCAGAGAAUAAGACCUUACCCAUUGAAGACACCACAGACUGUCUGAGCACCAUGGCCUGUGUGUGUCGCGUCAUGCUGGAGACCCCUGAGUACCGUUGUAGGUUCACCAACACAGACACCAUGUUGUUCUGUAUGAGGGUGAUGGUGGGAGUGAUCAUUCUCUACGACCAUGUCCACCCUGUAGGAGCCUUUGCCAAGACCUCCAAAAUAGACAUGAAGGGCUGCAUCAAGGUGCUGAAAGAACAGCCUUCCAACAGCGUGGAGGGACUACUGAAUGCACUGAGGUAUACGACCCGACAUCUAAACGACGACAGCACCUCCAAACAAAUCAGGGCUCUUCUCCAAUGAGAGUGAGAGGAGCAGAGAGAGGGAAGGAAGAUAAGAUAGUGAACACGGAGGGAGAUGAAGAAGAACGAAGGGAGAACAAACUGUGGUGUGCUGAAUCCUGUUUGUUUGCAAGAAUGAAAAGCAAAAUGAUCCGGUCUGAUAAGAAGCGCUGAUGAAAAGAACAAGUCUAUGUGUUGCUCAUCAUUCUGUCUCCCAUUUUGUAAAAAAGAAAAUGAAGGAAGAGAAACUAUAGAGAUAUAUAUUAAAGAGAAAAAUUGCGAAACAAAAAACAUAAACAAGUGUUACAAGAUGGAAAUAAGACUAAAGAAGAAGAACAACAAGGAAAAAGCUAUAUUAAUAAGACUAAGAAGAAGAACAAGGAAAAAGCUAUAUUAAUAAGACUAAAGAAGAAGAACAAGGAAAAAGCUAUAUUAAUAAGACUAAAGAAGAACAACAACAAGGAAAAAGCUAUAUUAAUAAGACUAAAGAAGAAGAAGAACAAGGAAAAAGCUAUAUUAAUAAGACUAAAGAAGAAGAACAACAAGGAAAAAGCUAUAUUAAUAAGACUAAAGAAGAAGAACAACCAGGAAAAAGCUUUAUUAGAAAAUCUACAGUCAAGUAAACAAAACUCAAACAAAAAAAAAACUGAAAAUAAACACAAAAAGAUUCAUAUUCCGUACAACAACGUUAGUCUGAAAAGUAUUUUUGCACUGGUGUAGAAUAUAAACAACGCUGUCUGUUCGUCUCUAAGUAGCCUCUGUAAAGAUUUCCACCAGGCUCCAUUACAAACAUUAAAGAAUAAGACUGGGAAUGACAAAACGGCCUGAUUCCAAACCAAUAGCUUGUCCCUUUCCAAAAGUCCUGACUCCUCCAAUCUAAAAGGACUUGGAGUUAUAUGCAGUACAAAUCCAAAACAAGCUGUCAGGUAGCCAACAAGGUACUAGGGAUCGGGAUGAGGUAUUGGUUUGGGACUGGGCACCUGUGUAGAUUAGGCUCAGUCUCUGCAUUGAGGGUCCAUCCCAAUCGUCUAAAGGGGCUUCCUCCACUCCUCACCCUCUCCUCAUUUCCUCUCCUUCAUCUGCACUGAACUGAAAACACAGGUGUUAAGUUAAGGUAAUGUGAUGGAUACAAACCAGAAAUGAGCUCUCACUUUGCUCAGCUCUUUCACAUCAUUGCAGAUGAAGGAAAGUCAGAAAGGAGACAUGGAGGGAAAUCUAUUUUUCGCGUAUUGAGAUGCACCCAGACACUCCAUGUUGAUUUCCUCAUCAUACAACCACUCCUAUUGAUCCUAACCCCGCCCCCUCCCAUCCACUUGCAU